AAAAUGUGCAGCUCCAAGGCCAAAGUGACUGUGGGCAUAGAUGUUACUGUGGCCAGAAUCAAUGGCAGGCCUGUCCUUCAACCAACUUGUAAUAGAGUUUCUAACCUUGAGAGAAGAAAUUCAAUCAAGAAAGUGUCACCAAAAUCACUUUCUCCACCAUCACCACCACUUCCAAGCAAAACUUCAUUGACUCCUCCAGUUUCACCAAAGUCAAAGUCCCCAAGGCCUCCAGCAAUAAAGCGAAGCAAUGAUAGUAAUGGGCUGAACUCAAGUUCUGAAAAGAUUGUAACCCUAAGAAACACCAUAAAAACUCCAACUCUAGAGAGGAAGAAGUCCAAGAGUUUUAAGGAUGGUUCCUGUGGAACUAGUCUUUCUGCUUCUGUUGAGGCAUCAUUAAGUUACUCUUCAACUUUGAUCACUGAUUCCCCAGGUAGCAUAGCUGCAGUGAGGAGAGAACAGAUGGCACUUCAACAUGCACAGAGGAAAAUGAAGAUUGCCCAUUAUGGAAGAUCAAAGUCAGCAAAGUUUGAAAGAGGUGUUCCUCUUGACCCUUCAAGCAAUCUUACAUCCAAGCCUAGUGAGGAGGAGAAAAGAUGCAGCUUUAUCACAACCAAUUCAGAUCCCAUCUAUAUUGCUUAUCAUGAUGAAGAAUGGGGAGUUCCAGUUCAUGAUGACAAGGUGUUGUUUGAACUUCUAGUUUUAAGCGGUGCUCAAGUUGGAUCUGAUUGGACCUCAAUCUUGAAGAAACGGCAAGAUUUCAGGACUGCAUUUUCAAAUUUUGAUGCAGCAACUGUGGCCAACUUGACAGAUAAGCAAAUGAUGUCUAUUAGUUUGGAAUAUGGCAUUGAUAUGAGCAGGGUUCGAGGAAUUGUUGAUAAUGCUAAUCGAAUUUUAGAGAUUAACAAGGACUUUGGUUCAUUUGACAAAUAUAUUUGGGGUUUUGUGAAUCAUAAACCCAUCUCCACUCAACACAAGUUCGGCCACAAGAUCCCAGUGAAGACAUCAAAAUCAGAGAGCAUAAGCAAAGAUAUGAUCAGAAGGGGCUUUAGGUUCGUAGGUCCAACAGUGCUUCAUUCAUUUAUGCAAGCAGUUGGUCUCACCAAUGACCACUUAAUCACUUGCCACAGGCACUUGCAAUGCACCUUAUUGGCUACUAGGCCCCAAUGUACCAUAGAUCCCACUCUAUAG